UUUUGUUGUUGUUCGUAAAUCCGUAAAUCGUGCCGUGGCUUGUGGGGUUUGAGCCGUGUUCUUCCGCAAAAUUUUUACAUUUUCAAAUCCAUUUCAUUUUAAAUUUGCUUAUUUUAUCCAUCUCACCGUUACUAAUGGAAGGGAAAGCAGCAGCUAAAGUUGAAGAAUACAAAGACAGUCUGAAAACCAAGGCAGAGCAUUUGAUACUGAAAGAAUUUCCAGAAAAGAUAGUCAGAUUGAAUGAACUGCUAGAAACAAGCCAAUUCAAGGAGAAAGAUAGCUCCAAAGUACACCAAGAACUCAACAUCCCUGUUCCGGAGCCUGUCUCUCUACAAAACUGCAACAAUGAGCCUGUGUCAAAAAAAAGGAAGCAGGAUCAUGAAGACAUCGACGGAACUAAAGUAUUUUCUAUUAUCUCUGGAACUGUACCCUGUAACAAAUACCUCACAGAUGUCAUCAAAAUUGUCAAGCCGUACAUCAAGGAACUGAUUGAGGAUGCAAACAUCCUAAAAAUGUGGGUGUCUUUCAUGAUACCAAAAAUUGAAGAUGGGAACAAUUUUGGUGUCUCUGUUCAAGAGGAAACCCUAGAAGAAAUUCAGUCUGUAGAGUCUGAGGCUGCAACUUACUUCGAUCAGAUUUCCAGAUAUCAUGCAACUCGAGCUAAAUUGGUCUCCAAGGUAGCAAAAUAUCCUCAUAUUGACGAUUAUCGAACUGCCAUUCAGGAACUGGAUGAAAGAUCUCACCUAAGUCUUUGGCUUAUAAUCAUCGAAAUUCGCAACAGAUACUGCACAUUGCACGACAUAGUAAUCAAGAACCUGGAAAAGAUCAAGAGACCUCGAUCUUCAAACGCAGUUUCUCUGUACUAGGAUUUCUAUUAUUAAAUUACAGCCUUUUUUCUCCCUAUAUUCAACAGCCUUUCCACGUUUAAUCAUGAAUUUGGAAAUUGAAUUUAUGGAAAACUUCACACCUUCUUGUGAAUAUCCUUUUAACUUACAUGAAAGCAUCAAGUAUGCGAGCUUGUUGUUCCUUUUAAACUCUUGUAAUUUCAAACCCUCUGUGAUUGAUCAUAAGUAAGGACUUUUAUACUUCUCCAAUUAAUCAUAGCUCCAUUUUUUUUUUUUUUUUUAAAUUUAAAUCUUCAACGAAAA